AUGGCGGGGGAAACGUUGACGCUAGCCACGACGCAGCAGUUGUACCACGAAACUGCCACUGAGUACACAUACGCCAAGACCCCAGGAGCAUGGUACUUCGAGGUUGGUCCAGAGGUCUUGUGUGAGAACUCGUCGGCUGGAUCUCCGACAGGAGAGUUGUCACCCAACAUCAACGACUUCGACGAGUUCACCUUCAACCAGAUGCAAGGAUCUGCGAAGAAUGUGACCGAGACCGUGGAAGUACCCAGUUCCGAACAUGUGGCCGAGAUCGUGGGGAGACAAGGCAAGUUUAUUAUUCGACCGAAAGUUUGCAUAAAAGCUGAGCCGUGCAAUCGGAUGCUUGAGACUAAUAUUCGAAAGCUCUUUUAGUAUUCCCAUCUCUAUUUGCCUUUUUCUAACAUAUUUUGGUUAUAGGAUGUAAGAUCAAAGCAUUGCGGGCCAAAACAAACACCUACAUCAAGACCCCGGUAAGAGGAGAAGAGCCCGUUUUUGUGGUCACCGGCAGAGAAGAAGAUGUAAUUGAAGCCAAACGCGAGAUCGAGUGUGCUGCCGAACAUUUCACUCAGAUCAGGGCAUCUCGACGACAUAGCCAAGGCGGAUCCCCAGCUCCAGGCCAUGUCACAGCUUAUGUCAGAGUACCACUGAGAGUAGUCGGCCUAGUCGUGGGACCAAAAGGCGCCACUAUCAAGAGAAUCCAACAAGACACUCACACGUACAUUAUCACUCCUUCCAGAGAAAGAGAGCCCAUCUUUGAGGUUACUGGACUUCCACAGAACGUUGAUGCUGCCAGAAGAGAGAUUGAACAGCAUAUCUACCAACGUACUGGAAACAUGCCCAUCACCGAUCCAUCUGCUACGAUCAAGACGUUUGACUUUCAGGCAGCGGCAGCCGCGGCAUGUCGAUCGAAUGGCCAGACUCUUAAUGUCAACCGACCAAAUUACGGUGCGUUGGCGGCUGGGACCCACGAAAUGCGAAAGGCAUUGGCCAUGGAACAACUGCGCUCAGCUUCGAAGGCAGCCCAAGAAGCGUAUGCUCGAGGAGAUCUCCAGACGCUGGCCGAAGCCAAGCAGACCUAUUCCUCGGCGAUGAAGCUGCUGAACCAGUCCUUGAACGCCCAAGCAGCGGCUGCCAACCAGCUCGGAGUUGCUCCACCAGCUCCACUGCAGAUUCCAGAAUGUCCAUUCACAUUGCCCAGUGGCAGUUUCUCGCCUUCUGGAGCCACCUAUCAAACUACAAUCUCGAGAGAGUCUGGUCACGCUACUUACAAUUCUACUUCUUCUGCUCCAAACAGCACUCGUGGCUCUUCCCCAACUGCUCCAAACACUAAUGGAUCUCAGGCUUCCCUUCACAGUAAGUUUUCUUGUAAUAUUCUAAUUAUUUACACAGUUUGGGAAAGUUUUGUGAAUAUCUUUGAGUUAAUAUAACCUAUUUGUCGAAUUUUUAGCUUAAAGUUUUUUUAAAUAUGGUAUUUUAGCCGGUUCUUACAAUACUUGGUCAUGCUCGGAUACGGGAUCCAACAACUACGGUUUACCAAUGCCAGACCAGUCCAUGAGUAACCUGAUGCAGUUGUUCAACAACUCUUGUGCAUUGGGUUCUCCGAAUUCAGCGUCGUGCGACGAAGGAAUUGGUGAAUCACCAUCUUCAUCGUAAGUUUAUAUAUUUGGUACGAAUUCGGUACCAUUUUGGUCAAAAUGUUAAUGGAAAAUUUUGGUUAAUCGAAAAAGACAAUAAAACCCAUUUUUUUGAUCUUAAAAUGCCUUAAAAACUCCACUGUAAUAUACCAUGUAACUCUAUGUCACCUUUCAGACUUGGCAUGCUCAACGGUGACCCCUAUCAUCUGAUGAUGUCGAGCAUCUGGAGCGACCUGGACCCCCAAAAGUCCACGUUCAAGGCCGACCCCAACGUGAAUUCGCUGGCUAGCGCUUAA